GUCUAGAGUUAUAUACAUGAACUUAACCUAGUUCAAGUUAAGUUUUUACUGUUUCUAACCUUAAAACUAUAAAAAGAUGCAUUGUUGAAUGCUCUGUUAUUUAACAUAUAAAUUAAAGGAAUUAUUAAUUACUGAUUUUAAGUGGAAUAAUAGAUAAAUUGAUUACGUGAUGGGAAAUAAGACCAAACUUUGUCAGCACAAAGAUAUUUUUGAACGUAUGAAUUAUUUAUAUCAGGCUAGUUAUCUAAUGGCAUUAGUAGACAAAUGUACAGCAUCAUACCUUGGUAAUAACAUGGUGGGUUGUGCCAAAAAAGCAGUAUUACGCAUGGAACCAAAUUUAAAGAGAAGCAUAUGUAAAUGUUGUCAAACUCCACUUAUACCUGGGGAGACAGCUAGAGUCAGAUUAAUAUCAAAACCUAUAAAAAAGGUCAAAUGGAAAUGUCUAACUUGUAUGAAUACUAAACGAUUUCCUGUGUGUAAUGGAUAUAAAUUGUGGCCUAAUCAACCGGAAGCAAUAAUUGAGACAUUAGAUUAUACACCAAAAUCAAUGAAUGAAAAUAUUAAGAAAUCUGAUGUCCCAGAGAAAAUAGAGGAGAAAGAAGUAAUUGUUAAAAAUGUAGAAAUUGAGAAUCUCUCUGAAGCAACAAAUCCAUCGUUAACUUAACAUCUCUGAUGUACGAAUAUUUUUUAUUAAUGACUUACAUAAAAUAUGUUACAAUAUUACAAUAAAUUUGUAAUUAAUAAACAGAUAUUUUUGCUAACUGGAA